UGAACCUGCAACCGCACUGCCGCACCACCAACUCCAACCGAAACACCAGGUUGCCAUUUGCUCUCGUUACACAUCCGCUGCUGCCGCUCAUCGUAACCCGUCUAUCAGUCGCUGCCCCAGGUCCCGGCGACCGCUCAAUUCGUUGCGCAUCGCAUUUUUCAACCAUUCGCCCGCCAUUCCGACCCUCGCGCAACCGGCGCCAUGUCGAACCCCAACGCCCUCCUCCUCCUCGCCGACCACAUCAAGCUGUCGCUUCUCGAGCAGCAGCGCGCAAAGACGCUCAACCUCCGCCGAGACUCACAAGAUGGCCACAUUUCGCGCUCACUAGACCAAUUCCGCGAAGGUCUCGAGUCGCUUGAGAAGGAACAGCUGCGCCUAGAGGAAGCAGGCGAUGAAUCCAAAGCCGCCUCCCUCAACGACACCCUCGCCUCCCUCCGCAAACAAUACACCGACCUCACCUCCCAAUUCGGCGGCCACGCCUCCAACGGCACCUCCACCCUAACCCACCCCAACGACCCCUCCCUCGCAGCCGACUUCGCCCACGCGCAGUCCUCGCGCUCCGAGCCAUCACCGCCGACCCCCCCGCCAGCAGACACCAAACCGGCGCCCAAAAAAGCCGUGCGCUUCUCCUCCCCCUCCACCGACCUCGAAUCCCAAACCAACCGCUCCUCCUCCAACAACCCCCUCUUCCCCUACCGCGACAACAUCGAAGACGACGACAGCGCCGGCUACCGGGACCACAUCUCGUCCCAAAACCUCUCCAACACGCAGAUCCACGCGUACCACGCCCAAGUCCUGCACGAGCAGGACGCGCAGCUGGACGCGCUGGGCGCGUCCAUCGCCCGGCAGCGCGAGCUGUCGAUGCAGAUCGGCGACGAGCUGGACGACCAGGUGCUGAUGCUGGACGAGAGCGAGCGGGCGGUGGACCGGCAGGCGUCGGCGCUGGGCCGCGCGCGCCGUCAGUUGGGCCGCAUCGCGCGCGGUGCGGCUGAGAGUGGCGAGGGCAGGCAGCUGACGGCGAUUGUGGUGCUGAUUGUGGUGUUGGUGUUGUUGAUUGUUAUUUUGAAGUGAGCGUCUUAAGGGAGAGGGAGGGGAGGGGGGUGUAGGUCCCGUGUUGGGCCUUGCCUUGGAUGUGUGUGGUGUGGUU